GGUGUGGGGACAUUCAUGGGCCCCCCGCCCGGACGCCUGGGCCCCGGGGGGGUGUCAGGGCACUCCUGGGCCCCCCCACCCGGACACCUGGGCCCCUGGGGGGCGUGGGGGCACUCCUGGGCCCUCUAUGCGGCAGGUGGGGGCACUCCCGGGCCCCGCCAUGUGGCGUGGCUGGUGCGGGGGGGGCCGGGGGACGCCUGGGCCCCCCUGGUGACGCCAUUUCUUUGGGGGGGGGGGCAGGCGGCGGAGGUGGCGGCGCUGGUGGGGAAGGACCGCGGCAGCCUCCUGGUGAACGGGCUGACGCUGGGGGGGCAGCGCUGCUCCGUCAUCCGCGACUCGCUGCUGGUGGAGGGCGAGCACAGCAUGGACCUGCGCACCAAGAGCGCCGCCGGGGCGCCCACCUUCAACGUCACCGCCACCAUCACCAACAAGACGAUCGUGCUGGUGAUGGGCAAGGAGGGCGUCCACGGCGGCUGCGUCAACAAGAAGUGCUACGAGAUGGCGGCGCAUCUGCGGCGCUCCCAGUACUGACCAAUAAAGGCGCCGCCCCCGC